GCGCACAGCCUCGGCAGCGCUCCGAGCUCGCCUUCUGUCCCUAUCCAGUGACCAGUUAGGUGCGGGCGAGGGGAUUCCAGCUGAGGCUUCAGAGUCCGGGACCUCACGAUAGUAUCAGACUGGGUGCCGCCAGCAGCCAUCCCAACCUGGCCUGGAAGCGCACGCGUCUUCGGAGCUAUCCGCGGCGGUGCAGUUUCCCCAGAGAGCCAACUUUAGGCCAGCUCGAGGACUGGGUGCAGGCUCCGACCAGCAAAUCAGUCCUUGGCGUCUCAGCGAGUGAAACCCGAGGAGCGCCUCUCACCCCCUCCACCCCCAGGCGCGCGGGAUUACGCGUCCGGCCCCACCCCGCCGCACUACUCCUUAAAGGGCUUGAAGACCAGGGCGCAGGGCGACCACGGCCAUGGAGGGCGCGCUGGUGGCCAACUGGAGCGCCGAGGCGGUCAACGGCAGCGAGGCGCCUCCGGAAGCCGAGGGCAACCGCACCGCCGGGCCCCCGCAGCGCAAUGAGGCCCUGGCGCGCGUGGAGGUGGCCGUGCUGUGCCUCAUCCUCUUCCUGGCGCUGAGCGGCAACGCUUGCGUGCUACUGGCGCUGCGCACCACGCGCCACAAACACUCGCGCCUCUUCUUCUUCAUGAAGCACCUGAGCAUAGCCGACCUGGUGGUGGCCGUGUUCCAGGUGCUUCCACAACUGCUGUGGGACAUCACCUUCCGCUUCUACGGGCCCGACCUGCUGUGCCGCCUGGUCAAGUACCUGCAGGUGGUGGGCAUGUUCGCCUCCACCUACCUGCUGCUGCUCAUGUCUCUGGACCGCUGCCUGGCCAUCUGCCAGCCGCUGCGGGCGCUGCGUCGCAGGGCGGACCGCCUGGCGGUGCUCGCCACGUGGCUGGGCUGCCUGGUGGCUAGCGCGCCGCAAGUGCACAUCUUCUCGCUGCGCGAGGUGGCCGAAGGCGUCUUCGACUGCUGGGCCGUCUUCAUCCAGCCCUGGGGGCCCAAGGCCUACAUCACGUGGAUCACACUCGCCGUCUACAUCGUGCCUGUCAUCGUGCUCGCCGCCUGCUACGGCCUCAUCAGCUUCAAGAUCUGGCAGAACUUGAGACUCAAGACAGCGGCAGCGGCGGCAGCGGAGGCUGCAGAGGGGCCGGAGGGCGGGGCGGCGGGCAGCGCGGGGCGCGCGGCUCUGGCACGCGUCAGCAGCGUCAAGCUCAUCUCCAAGGCCAAGAUCCGCACAGUUAAGAUGACCUUCAUUAUCGUGCUGGCCUUCAUCGUGUGCUGGACGCCAUUCUUCUUCGUGCAGAUGUGGAGCGUCUGGGAUGCCAACGCGCCCAAGGAAGCCUCGGCUUUCAUCAUAGCCAUGCUCCUGGCCAGCCUCAACAGCUGCUGCAACCCAUGGAUCUACUUGCUCUUCACGGGCCAUCUCUUCCACGAACUGGUACAGCGCUUCCUCUGCUGCUCCUCCAGCUACUUGAAGGGCAGUCGUCCGGGAGAGACCAGCGUCAGCAAAAAGAGCAACUCAUCCACUUUUGUCCUGAGCCACCACAGCUCCAGCCAGAGGAGCUGCUCGCAGCCAUCCACAGUGUGACCCGGCUGGGCCAGGACUGCCUCUUGUGGCUCGAGGUGUGCCGGCAUAGACAGUCUGCCCCUUGGUGGCGGUGUGCGUGUAUGUAUAAGGUACCUUUCAGUUUGCACCCUUCCACACCUCGGGGUAGCUUGAGUGGGGUGGGAAAUUCUGGCAUGGGUUGGGGAAGUAGUCUCCACGGUGGAAAUGUUGGGGUGACUCAGCCACCAGACAGUCCCUGGAUCUCCCCUGGCUUCCUACGGGGGUUUAUAUGCCCUGCCCC